GUGUACUCAAAAAGGUGGUCGAAUCCGCUUUGGAUGGAACGAAGAUCAUCGAUCUUUGUGCGAUGGGUGAUAAAUUAAUUGAUGAGAAUGUAAAACAUCUUUUCGUCAAAAGCAAGAACAUUAUCAAAGGUAUUGCUUUCCCAACUUGUGUAUCAGUGAAUAAUGUUAUCUGUCACUUUUCUCCAUUAUCGUCUGAUGAUGAAGGUACAGAGAGUUUAAAGAAUGGAGAUUUAGUAAAAAUUCAAUUGGGAGCACAAGUUGAUGGUUACGCAGCUAUUGUAGCCACCACAAUUGUAGUUGGGGCAUCCAAAGAAAAUCCUGUAAAAGGCCUUUUGGCAGAUUUAUUGACAGCUGCUCAUUUAUCUUCUGAAGCCGCUUUGAGAUUGAUAAAACCUGGUUUGAAAAAUACGAAAGUUACUGAAACAAUACAGAAAAUUGCCAGAGCUUUUAAUAUGAAUUCCGUGGAAGGAAUGUUAUCAUAUCAACAAGAAAAGAAUAAUAUUGAAGGUAAGAAACAAGUAAUUCUCAAUCCGAGUGAAACUCAAAAACGCGAAUUUGCGGAAGCAGAGUUUGGUGAGAAUGAAGUAUACGGUGUUGAUAUAUUAAUCUCUACCGGUGAAGGGAAGCCUAGACCGUCAGUCAAACGAACUACAGUUUAUAAAAAAACUGAUCACACAUAUUCAUUGAAAAUGAGAGCUUCUCGUAUUGUAUAUAAUGAAAUCAAUCAAACCUUUGGAAGUUUCCCAUUCUCUUUAAGAGCACUGGAAGAUGAGAAAAAAGCUAGAAUGGGAAUAGUUGAAUGUCACAAACAUGAAUUAGUUAAUAGCUAUGAUGUCUAUCAAGUAAAAGAAGGAGAAUUUGUUGCACAAUUCUUUAAUACAAUUUUGUUAACUGACGAUGGACCGACUAAGAUUACAAGUACUUUAUAUGAUCCUGAAUCAGUUCAGAGCGACAAAAAAUUGGAAGAUGAAGAGAUUUUGAAAUUAUUAUCUACUACCGCUGAAGUUGAAAACGAUGGUGAUAAUAAUACUGCAGAAGAAAAGGCCACAAUUGAAGUUACUACUGAAGCAAGCGGUUAA